CAGGCGCAGUGCAAAUCACCAAUUCGCGAUUGUUGCCGUCCACAUAAUUUCAGAGAUGGCGCCCAUUGAAAAGAAGCGCAAAACAGGACCCACCAACGAUUCUUUUGCUAGGUCCAAAAACCUAACGAAUAAAGAGACACGACCGUCGAAAAGACCACGACCCGAUGAGGAGGAUAGAAAGCCCAUCACAGCACCAACAAAGCUCUCGAAAGUGCGCGAGGAGGAGGCUGCAUUUCCCAGAGGUGGCGCAAGUCUUCUGACACCAUUGGAACACAAACAAAUUCAAAUCGAGGCCACUCAAGAUGUGCUUUUCGAACAACAAGGCGCAAAGUCCUCGCGGAUGGAAAUAGAUGGAGAGGAUGGUGAAGAUGGACCUUCCGCCGCGAAAAAGCAGAAAUCGAGGGGCAAGGGAAAGAAUAAGAAAGAUGCGCAAGCUGUCGAGCCGGAGGAAGACGUUGUCAAAAUUGAAGGACUAAGUUAUAAGGUAUAUUGCCUCUAGUCCCUACAUAAAAUUUUGGCUAAUUCCUUUCAGCGUAUCGUUCCCGGAUCUUUGGUGCUUGGCCAAAUUUCGCAGAUAAACGACCAUGAUAUAGCUUUAUCUCUACCAAAUAACCUGACAGGUUACAUACCAAUUACCUCCAUUUCGGAUAAAAUCACAAAAAGGGUGGAGGAAAUCGCAGCAGCAGAAGAACUCGACGAUGAUACAAAGGAUACCCCCGAUGAUGUCAAACUUGAGAAUUUGUUCUCAAUUGGACAAUACCUUCGAGCAUACGUUGUUUCUACUAGCGACGGACCGACUGCAUCGACGACAAUGACAAAGGCGAAAAGGCGUAUAGAAUUGUCAAUCCGACCACAACAAUCGAAUAACUCAGUCUCAGUCCAGAGUAUCAUCCCAAAUAAUAUGCUCAUGGCCUCUGUUAUCAGUGUGGAAGACCAUGGCUUGAUCAUGGAUAUCGGAGUGGAGGAUCCUAGCAUUCGAGGCUUCAUGUCAUCGAAAGAAAUCGGGAAUGGAGCUCACUUCUCCACUAUUCAAGAAGGUGCCGUAUUUUUGUGCAUGGUUACUGGAUUGAGUUCAAAUGGAAAGAUUGUCAAAUUAUCAGCGGAUACGCAGAAGAUAGCCAACCCCAAGAAGUUGAGCUAUCUUACAGAAGCGCCCACAAUCGAUGCAUUUAUGCCUGGAACAGCUGUUGAGAUUCUGGUUGUAGAUGUUACAUCAAGAGGAGUUAUCGGUAAAGUCAUGGGAAUGGUGGAUGUGACUGUUGAUUUACUCCAUUCUGGCGCUGGUCUGCCUGGCAAAGACCUUGAGAAACGGUAUAAACUGGGAUCAAAAAUCAAGGGCAGAAUUAUUUGCACAUUCCCCACAUCCGAUUCCCCAAAACUCGGUUUCUCGCUACUGGACCAUGUUAUGACCCUCUCAUCUCAGCAGGCUAUAAAAAGUGGCGACAAGACGAAUCCUUUGAGCAUUUUACCUCUUUCUUCGAUUAUAGAGGAGGUCACUGUUCGCAAGGUUGAGUCAGGCCUUGGUCUUUUCGUUGAUGUGGGGGCUAAGGGCGUUCCUGGAUUCGUUCACAUUUCAAGGGUCAAGGACGGCAAGAUUGAGACCAUUUCCGAGACGUCGGGCGCGUACAAAGUCGGCUCCGUUCACCGAGGACGAGUAGUAGGAUACAACUCAAUUGACGGGACGUAUCUCCUUUCGUUCGAAGCCAGCAUUUUGGAGCAGCCGUUUUUGCAGAUUGAGGAUCUCAAAAUUGGCCAGGUGGUCAAAGGAAAAGUUGAGAAAAUCGUUGUGAAUGCCAGAGGUGUCGGUGGCAUUUUGGUCAAUCUAGCAGCCGGAAUCUCUGGUCUAGUUCCAGAAAUCCACAUGGCAGAUGUCAAGUCGCUUCACCCGGAAAAGAAAUUCAAAGAAAAUAUGACAGUCACCGCUCGCGUCUUAUCGACAGAUCCGAGCAAACGCCAAAUCAGACUAACUCUCAAGAAAAGUUUACUCAAUUCAGAAGCAGCACCAUUUCUCAAUUAUGAGGAUAUAAGUAUUGGCAUGCAAAGUCCUGGAACGAUCAUCAAUCUUGUUCCAUCUGGAGCCGUUGUGCAAUUCUAUGGGACGGUUCGUGCUUUCUUACCUGUCGCCGAAAUGAGCGAGGCAUACAUCCAGGAUCCAAGUCAACAUUUCCAGGUUGGCCAGGUCGUUAAUGUUCACGUUUUGAAGGUUGAUGCGGCCGAGGAAAAAUUGGUUGUAUCGUGCAAGGACCCUUCUUCCUUUGGUCUUGCUCAACAGACAGCAUUGAAAAGUUUGAAGGUGGGUGAGAUUGUAUCUGCGAUUGUCAAUGAGAAGUCAAACGAUGACAUUUCACUCGAAAUUGCAGGUGGAUUACGUGCUACGCUCCCGCUUGCUCACCUCACCGAUGGUUCUUCGUCAAAAAAUGCUUCAGCUUUCAAGAAGAUUCGAGUUGGCCAGACCUUGACAGAUCUCGCAGUCUUGGAAAAACUUGAAUCAAAGCACCUCGUGUUAUUGACGAACAAACCAAGUCUUGUGAAGAGCUCGAGAGAGCGCACACUUUUGAGAAGCAUGGAGGAUGUCAAAGUAAAUAAGGUUGCACAAGGAUUUGUCAGAAACAUUACCCCUGCUGGAGUUUUUGUCCAGUUCGGAGGUGGUCUGACAGGCUUGCUGCCCAAAAGCAAAUUGACAAGUGAGGCUAUGACCUUAUCUGAGUUUGGCAUGAAGAAAUUCCAAGCACUUGAGGUAAAGAUCAUCUCGGUAGAUUAUGAACAAGAGAAGUUCGCAGUUUCUAUGUCUGACGUUGGCAACGAAAACCAAGUUUCGCAGAAACUGGCCAAUGUCUCAAUUGACCACGAUGAAACUAUCGUUAACCCCGUCGACGAUAACAUUUCUUCAGCCACGGACUUUACUAUUGGAAGACUGACGAAGGCAAGAAUCACAUCCGUCAAAGAUACACAAAUUAACGUCCAAUUGGCCGACAAUAUCCAAGGUCGUAUUGAUGUUUCGCAAGUUUUUGAUUCUUGGGAGGAGAUCAAAGACAGAAAGAGGCCCCUGCAGAAGUUUUCUCCUAGACAGGUACUCAAUGUUCGUGUGAUGGGUAUGCACGAUGCCCGUAACCACCGAUUUCUGCCUAUUACCCACCGUAUCAGCAAAACAGUCGUUUUUGAAUUGUCCGGCAAGCCAAGUGAUCAGGUAGAAAAGGCACAGGAUCCACUGACUCUUGACAAAGUCAAGGCAGGGUCUUCUUGGAUUGCCUAUGUCAACAACGUCACUGACACUUGCGUCUGGGUAAACUUGUCACCAAACGUACGAGGGCGAAUUAAUACUGUGGAAUUGUCAGACGACGUGUCUCUAUUGAAGGACGUUGAAGCCAGUUUCCCUGUCGGAUUAGCUAUCAGGGUGCGCGUCACUGGUGUAGAUGCUCGAAACAAUCGAUUGGAUCUAUCUGCUCGUUCUUCAAAAAGCUCAGAGGCUUUAACGUUACAGACUUUGAGCGAAGGCACCGUUCUUCCUGGCAAGAUUACCAAGACUUCGGAAAGACAAAUUAUGGUGGAACUUGGAGAUGGUCUUGCUGGACCAAUUCAUCUUCCAGAUCUUGCCGAUGACUUCUCUCUAGCCGACACAUCCAAAUAUUCCAAAAAUGACAUUGUUCGAGUUUGCGUGGUAUCGGUUGAUCUACCCAACAAAAGACUCAGACUCUCAAUGAGGCCAUCUCGAGUAAUUGAUUCUUCUCUAGAAGUUAAGGAUGCGGAACUAUCUCAGCCCUCCCAAGUGAAGCCUGGCGACAUUGUCCGUGGGUUCGUCAAAAGCGUCGCCAGAAUGGGUAUCUUUGUUAACCUGGGCGGAAAUCUGACAGCAUUUGUAAGGGUGUCCGACCUUUCUGAUAGUUAUAUCAAGGAUUGGCAGUCUGAAUUCGAGGUCGACCAACUUGUCCAAGGCAAAAUUACUCAAGUUGAUCCCUCUUUAAGUCACAUCCAAAUGAGUCUGAAGCCCUCGGUUAUGGACAGCAACUACGUUGCUCCUAUUACCUUUGGCGAUCUCAAGGUUGGCCAGAUCGUCACCGGGAAGAUUCGAAAGGUGGAGGACUUUGGCGUUUUUAUUGUGAUUGAGAACUCGAUGAACGUUAGUGGCCUCUGUCAUCAAAGUGAGAUGGCUGAUAAACGCGUUCAUGAUGUCAAGAAGCUUUACGAAGAAGGCGAUGUCGUUAAGUCAAAGAUCCUGAAGCUUGAUGUUGAAAAGAAGAGAGUUAGUCUUGGGCUCAAGGCGAGAUACUUUGACGACGGUGCUGCGGAUUCGGAUGCUGAGAGCGACGAUGAUGAUCUCGAGGGAGGCGAGGGUGCUCUCUUGAACGACUCCGAUGAUGAGAUGGACGACGAAUCAUCGGAUGGUGAGGAAGGAGGAAUCGACCUAGACGAUGUAGAGAGCAUAGAGGAUUUGGACGAAGAUCAAUCUGGCUCGGAUGUUGAUAUGGAGGAUGCUGGCGAAAGUUCUGGCGUCGCAGCUCUUGACGCUGGUGGAUUUGAUUGGAACGCUAAAAUCUUAGACCACGUUGAUGAAGCAUCCGAAGCAGACUCAGAUGCAGAUGACGCGAGUGAGAAGUCGAAGAAGAAAAAGAAGCGGAAGAAGGCUGAGAUCAAAAUCGAUCGUACUGGAGAUCUCGAUGCAAAUGGUCCUCAGUCUGUCAGCGAUUUUGAGCGACUGCUUCUUGGACAACCAGAUUCUUCAGAGCUAUGGAUUCAAUACAUGGCGUUCCAAAUGCAACUCAGCGAGCUCAGUAAGGCGAGAGAAGUGGCAGAGCGCGCUAUAAAGACGAUCAACAUUCGGGAAGAAACCGAGAAAAUGAACGUCUGGAUUGCUUUGAUCAAUUUGGAGACAGCCUACGGAAGUGAUGAGUCUGUCGACGACGUGUUUAAGCGAGCUUGUCAAUACAACGACCCCCAAGAAAUCCACGAGAGAUUGGCCAGUAUUUACAUUCAAUCGGGCAAACUUAGCGUAAGUCUGAAUGUAUGAUGCCACGCGUGUUCAAUGCUAACAAGUUUACAGAAAGCCGAUGAACUCUUCCAAAUCAUUAUCAAAAAGUUCUCGCAGUCGCCAACGGUGUGGUACAACUACGCGCACUUCCUCAACACCAGCCUCGAAGCCCCAGAUCGUGCACGAGCACUUCUUCCAAGAGCCACGCAAUCACUCCCGCCUCACACGCAUCUCAGCCUCACACUCAAAUUUGCCGCUCUCGAAUUUCACUCCAAAUUCGGAUCCCCUGAGCGAGGACGUACUAUGUUUGAAGGUUUACUUUCCACAUUCCCCAAGCGACUGGACAUCUGGAAUCAACUACUAGAUCUUGAAAUGCAGCAAGGUGAUAAAGAUAUAAUCCGUGGUGUUUUUGAGCGCGUGGUCAAGACCAAGGGUCUGAAACCAAAGGGUGCGAAGGCUUGGUUCAAGAGGUGGUCGGAGUGGGAGGUUGUUAAUGGGGAUAAGAAGAGCAGAGAGAAGGUUGAGGCCAAGGCCAAGGAAUGGGUUCGAGCUGCUGAGUUAAGGAGAGGCGGUGGGGAUGAGGAAUGAUUGAAUUGUUGUGAUUGCGGUUGUGGAUUUAUUGUCUGGGAAGCUUGGAGUAUGGGUACAUUAAAAUUUGCAUUAGAGAGCUCCUCUUGGCGUGUACUGUAUGAUUGGGCUUUUUCUAGUAUUUGGCAGAUGAUGAAAAUACAUGAUUCUUUUUUCUUACU